AUGUCAGAGACCGACGACAAGAAAGGUGUUGAGACAGCCGUCAAUGCUCGCCUCGGCGCUGAUGUUGCUGCCGGAUAUGAUGAUGAUUCGGCCAUUCCGGCCGGCACGCUUGAUCCCAUCUACGAGGCAAAGGCUCGGGUCCUCAACCGUGCAAUUCAGGAUAUCGGGAUGGGAUGGUAUCAAUGGCAGCUUUUUAUCGUCAUUGGCUUCGGAUGGGCUACUGACAAUUUGUGGCCGAUCGUCACAUCUUUAAUCUUCACUCCCAUUGUCAACGAAUUCGCUCCCUCCAGACCUCCUCUUCUGCAGUUGGCCCAGAACAUAGGUUUACUUUGCGGUGCCAUGUUCUGGGGAUUCGGCUGCGACAUCUUCGGCCGGCGAUGGGCGUUCAAUAUCACUCUGGGCCUCGCUGCAGUUUGGGGUAUGAUCUCUGGUAGUGCGCCCAAUUUUGCUGCCAUCGGAACAUUCGCCGCUUUUUGGUCGUUCGGGGUCGGUGGUAACCUGCCUGUUGACAGUGCGAUUUUUCUCGAGUUCUUGCCAGGCACGCAUCAGUACCUGCUUACGGUGCUCUCCGUCGAUUGGGCUCUCGCCCAGUUAAUUGCAACGCUGAUCGCAUGGCCGCUUCUGGGAAACUUGACUUGCCAACAGGAUGCGGUCUGUACUAGGUCCGACAAUAUGGGCUGGCGCUAUUUUACUAUCACUAUGGGAGGACUGACUCUCCUCAUGUGGGCAACCCGCUUCUUCCUGUUCACCAUCUAUGAAUCCCCAAAAUACUUGAUGGGCAAAGGACGAGAUGAAGAAGCCGUCAGGAUUGUUCACGAAGUUGCACGUCGUAACAAGAAGACCUCGCCGUUGACUGUUGAAGACCUGAAAGCUUGCGAGACUAUUGCGGGCGCGCAAGCGGGCGUCGAUACAAGCAACGCUGCUGCUAUCAAACGCCAGUUACAGAAGCUUAACAUGACCCACGUCCGCGCACUCUUCUCGAACAGGCGCCUGGCUUUCUCGACAAGUUUGAUCAUGGCCGUGUGGGGCUUCAUCGGGCUUGCUUAUCCGCUCUACAACGCCUAUAUUCCUUACAUUAUUGCAACCCGCGGAGCAGAGGAUGGAGACGGUUCGACCUACAUCACGUAUCGCAACUCGCUUAUCAUCGCCGUUCUUGGUGUUCCAGGUGCAAUGCUAGGUGGAUGGCUCGUCGAGCUCAACUAUCUCGGACGACGCGGAACUCUGAGUGCCUCGACAGUCUUGACCGGAGUCUUCCUCUACGCUUCUACCACCGCUUCCAACUCAGAUGCCCUUCUAGGCUGGAACUGUGCGUAUAACUUCACAUCAAACGUGAUGUACGCUGUGCUUUACGCAUACACGCCUGAAGUUUUCCCAACCAAGGAUCGAGGCACGGGCAAUGCUCUCACGGCCACUUCUAAUCGUAUCUUUGGCAUAAUGGCACCAAUUAUAGCUGGUGAGUGCUCAGCGAUGUUCGCAAAUCUGGAAACUUCAGCCCCUGUUUAUACGAGCGGAGCUUUGUUCAUCGCAGCUGGUCUUAUCUGUGUUGUCCUGCCGUACGAAAGCCGGGGUAAGGCGAGCCUGUAG